GGGUGGGGGGGUUGACUUCCACAUUGAGGAUGGAUUGGAUGUGAUUUUUUGGGGAUGAGCAACCUGCGCAGACUACCGUAUAUAUGGGAUUUACUGAGGCUCUUUUAUUAUCAUCCAUCUAACGCUCCUCACCAGACUCCAUUCAUAAAAACACGGAUUUUACCUCGCGUGGGCAGCUGAGAUGAACCCGGUGAAUGCGACCUCUCUCUACGUGUCCGCGAGCCGUUCGGUGCUGCAGUGCGACCCCCGAGACCCCCGGGCCCUCGCGGAGCUCUGCAAGCUGCUGCCGUUUUUCCGCCAGUCCCUGUCCUGCUUGGUCUGUGGCAACCUGCUGCAGGACCCCAUCGCCCCCACCGACUCGUCAUGUCAGCAUUACGUCUGUCGAGGUUGUAAAGGUCAGAGGAUGCAGCUGAAGCCGUCCUGUAGUUGGUGUAAGGACUAUUCCCGCUUCGAGGAAAACAGACAGCUCUCCUUGCUCGUCCACUGUUACAGGAAGCUCUGUCUGUACAUCACCCAGUCGCCGCUCGCCCCGCACAUAGCGAGCGCCGCCAGCGACUCGCCGGACCUCCAGGCCAUCCUCAACGAGGGCCUCACGUUGGCCGAGAGCGAGCCGGAGGCAGAGGACGUUUCAGACUCGGCCGGCUUGUCGCAGACGGCCUCCACCUCCGAGCCGGCUCAGCCCGACGAGGCUCCGCCUACGAAGGAGCUCAAGGCGGAGGAGCCGGGCCCCAUCAGCGUAAACGGGCUCCACGAUUGUAACGGCCUGGUCAGUUCGGACGCUCUGCAACCCGUCACCAUAGAAACAGGUGAAGGCGUUGCAAAGCAGGAGAGCUUUUCAGAGGAGAUCCCCGUGUGUGUGAGUGUCACAGGGGCCGGGGAGGCGGGGCUUUGUGACAUCAGCUCUUUUGGGGAUGACCUGAAACAUGGCGGGGGGCCGCUGUUGUUGAGUGUUGAGGAGGUGCUCAGGACUCUGGACACGGACACUGACCCUGAGCAGAACCCUCAGCCGGACUCUGUGCAUCAGUCUAGCCUCAAUGGGCCUCACUGCCCAUCUGGACCCGACUCCUCCCGCCUCAUCCCCUCCCUCCCCCCAGAGAACAGCCCUCGCCCCCUUCACCCUCACACACAGCCCUCACUGCAGCCUCUUCCUCAGCCCUCCACAGUCGUCCCCCAUGUUCCCCCGCGGUACCACCGCAAGCGCUCCCGCUCAGAAAGCGACAGUGAGAAGGUGCAGCCCCUCCCCAUCUCCAGCCUCUUACGAGGGCCUCCCCUCGGUGCCAACAGCUCCCCCCACCACCCUAACCCUGGUGCCACCACGAAACAGGAGCCUAAGUUCCCCCCAGCCAUGCCCCACCCACACCUGGCUCCGGUGCCUAACGGUGGUCCCCCAAAGGUGGGCAAGACUGUGCUCGUCUCCAACAAGGCGCUCAAAAAGACUGUGGAGCACCACGGGGGCCCCAAGAAGGCUUACACCAAGGCCAGGCAAGGGGUCCCCAAGCCCCGCGCACAACCCCGUGACAGAGUACCCCCACACCCCCACGCGCACCCUCUGACACACCCGCCCAGCCCCUCGAAGCCACUGUAUAAGAAGCCCGUGGAGAAGAAGGGCUGCAAGUGCGGCCGAGCCACCCAGAACCCCUCGGUGUUGACCUGUAGGGGGCAGCGCUGCCCCUGCUACUCCAACCGCAAGGCGUGUCUGGACUGUAUCUGCCGCGGCUGCCAGAACUCCUACAUGGCCAACGGGGAGAAGAAGCUGGAGGCCUUCGCCGUGCCGGAGAAAGCUCUGGAACAGACUCGUCUCACGCUGGGCAUCAACCUCACCAGUAUCACCGCGGCGGCCCUCCGUAGCCCGGCCACCAGCUCCCCCGGCAACACCCUCCUCAACGUCACCACGGCCACAGGGGCCCCCGUCACGGCCACCUUCUUGUCGGGGGCGGGACACGACAACAGGGGCUUUGACGAUUCACUGGAGAUGCGGUUUGACUGCUGAGGUACCCGCCUCCUCCUCCGGUCAGUCGUUAACGCACAUUCCCCGCACCGCCAGCUGGGCGUUAUCCAUCUGGGCGUGCCAGGGAGCGGCGGUGGCGGAGCCAGAACAAAGGCAGCUACAGUGACAGGCGAUAGUGAGGGGUCACCAGCUGAAGCUGAGGAGUCGCCCUCCGUCCAUCGCCCGAAACUGCACCAUGCUUGUGGUCUCGCAUACAGAUGCAGUGAGGAAGAGAAGGAAGGAAGGAAGGAAGAGGAAGAUGUAGCGUUACUGUAUGUGCGGAGAGUUCAUUUCAGUGGGGAUAGAGUUUCUGUUUGUUGUUUUCUUCUUCUCUACUAUGGGUAAUGUGUAGAGCAUGUCGUGUAGCUACGUCGAGGGGGGGGCGUCGACCGCGGUCACACGCUCUCUGUGUGUGUGUGUAUGUGUGUGUGCGUGCAUGUGAGUGUGUAUGUAUGAGGGGAAAGGUUUGGUUUGGAGAUGAACCUUUAUUAGCAGGAACGGAGACAUCAUCAUCAUCAUCAUCAUCAUCGUCGUCGUCAUCAUCAGAGACUGGUGUAAUUUAUAUAAAAAGAAAGAACUUUUUGUACAUGGACGUAUCAGUUUCCAUUUAAGAAGACAUUUUAUGAUAUAUUUUAUAAGUUACAUGAAAAAGAACCAAUGGAAGCCGGCGCAGGGGGGCAGACCUGCAUUCAACCAGAAUAUUUUCACACAGGUAAAAAGCUUCGAUUGUAUUUUGUAAAGCUCUGCUUACACCACUAGAACUAAAAGAAUAAAGAGUAGGUGACUAUCAAAGACCCCUGAAAGACAAAACAACUGAACAUAAACUGCUAUAGGUUCAAAACAUUUCUAAUAAUCCAAUGUUUGAUAUCUUUCACUGCAACAACAACAACAACAACAACCCGGGAUGUGAAUCUAAAACACCACCAGCCAAAUGUGCAUUUUAAUUUUUUUGUCUGUUGAAUGUUUAUCCUCUGUGAGCCACCGUCGGGCACCCAAACAGUAUUCUUAAGAUGUUAAUGUGUACUAAAAUAAAUACAUAAAACUGGUUAAAUGGUGAGUUUUAGAGUCAACCAACCAACCAACCGUUGUGGCUGGUGGAAGAUAAAUCUUCCAUCCCUGGUUUUUGCUGUUUUGGAUACGUCGAGGUUGAGGUAACCUGUUUAAAUCAUUUGUGUGUUCUUCUAUUAAAAAGCACUUUUCCCACUUUCUCUCACUGGUCACGCGCAGCUUUAAAAACCACCAUAUGUUCUUCUGUUACUUGUGUUUUAAAGACUCUGGUUGAUUGCAGGCUGUGCACGUUGUUGUUCACGAGUUGUUUUUUGGUUUCUGGAAGCUUACACACAUGCUGCUAAAAUACCACAAAGGACUCGAGAAGGAGAGCACACCUGUUUUCCUUUUUUUUUUUUGUUUUCUCGUUUUGUUUUUUUAAUAAGUUGCGUUAACAUCAUUUUGCAGUAUUUAUUGGACGUCUCCUAACAUCACGUGUUGGGCGUCAGUUCUGCCCUCUCUCUCUCUCUCUCUCUCUGUCUGUUGAUCAAGUCUGGACUUUUUUCUGUCUCGGUUAAGUUGCUGUCUCCUUCUUAGUGUUAGAUUCUGGUGUCUCCAAACAGGUUUUUUUGUUUGUUGUUCUCCCUCUGGGCAUUUAAAUACCUGUAAUAUAACUGUAACAUAUUUCCACAAAAAAGAAAGAAAAUCAAAAACUUACUAAAA